GCGUGGUGUCAAUAAAGUUAGGUUGUUGAGACUGAGGCGGCCCCGGCGAUGGCGGCGGUGAAGGUCGCCUUCGGAGUCCGGGCGUUGAGUUCGGGAGUCCGGAACUCGCUCUGGAAGCUGGGCCGCCUCAGCCACGUAGCGGUGGCAGUGCCGGAGAUGGAGCGGGCCCGUGCCUUUUACCGGGAGGCGCUGGGCGGCCGGGUGGGCGAGCCAGUGGCUCUGCCCGAGCACGGCGUCAGCGCGGCCUUCGUGGAGCUGGGCAACACCAAGUUGGAACUGCUGGAGCCGCUGGGCGAGCGCAGCCCGAUCCUCGGCUUCCUCCGCAAGAACCCUGGCGGCGGCAUCCACCACAUUUGUCUGGAGGUGGACCACAUGGCCGCCGUCCUUCAGCAGCUGCGGGCCCAGCAGGUGCGUACCCUGAGCCCGGAGCCUCGGCUCGGAGCCCACGGCAAACCUGUUAUCUUCCUUCACCCCAAGGACUGCGGCGGCGUCCUGCUGGAACUGGAGGAGGCGUGACAGCCGUCCCUGCGUCGCCCGCAAGACCAGUAGAUACUUUCAACGCGAGUCAUUGACCACCCACCCGCUUCGAAAGGAGACAAGAGAAGGCAAAUGCUGGUUCCGACUGAUCCUGAUGCAGGGUUACGAUCCCCAAAUGAGUGGACAGUUUCUCUCCUCCCUAAAAUUCUGCUCGAUCCCCAGAGUUCUUCGGGCAGAAUGUUGCUCGUUGAGAUCAAUUAUUUAUUCAUCUGCUCUAUCUAUUGAUGCUAUCUACCCUGUUCUGCGUGUUCUGUUAAUAUCACCCAACGCCCUGAGCUUUCCUUCAGCACCAGGAUUAAUCCAAAUUCGCCGGAGAUUUUUCAACGCUGAGAGCGGCUGGCAACUCUUAAUCUCGUCAGGCAUCGUCUCUGAGAAGGAGAACAGUUUUGACUGGAAGCAGUAUCGCUGUUUCACUUUUGACCGACUUGCCUGCUUUGCUGAGUGUUCGCAGCAUUUUUUACUUUUGUUUAGGAUUUCUGGUAAAGUUUUCGACUCACUUGCAGAUUAACUGGUGUUUUACUUUGAAUAGCUACGUCAGAUUGGGCUAAAGCUUCAAAUGGGAUUUUUCUUUCCUCGCCAGGAAUGCUCAGUCGACCAGUAAAUAGUUCUCCAAUGACUGCUAGGGGAUUGGAGUGAGGGUGUCUAUAACUUAUUUAAUUAUUCUGAAUUUUGUGCCAUAGCCUUUACAGAUCAUUGGAAAUAAAGGCUGGGAAGUUUGUACAAUUUAUUUUUAAAUGUAUGCUUCUGUAUAAUGGUCAAAUCAAAUAUUAAAUUGGUAUUCUGUACUCUUCAAAAUGCUGUUUAAAAAUUCAAAUCAAAGCAAUGCUUAAACAAACUUGU